GAACUUUUCUGGUCUCUACUCGGCCCAGUCUCCCAACAGCUUGGACGUGGGCAGGAUGGAACCUACUGAACUCUUCUACAACAAAUCCAACCAGCCAGUGGUCUACAAGGUUCAAGUGACCACCGGGAAGGGUCUCCUAACCGGGACCUUUGACUCCAUCUCCAUCACCUUGGUGGGCACCAAUGGGGAGAGCCCCAAGUACCUUCUGAACCGGGUGGGCACCAGCUGUGCUCAAGGAUGGGUAGAGGAGCAUGAUGUAUCUUGCGAUUAUGACCUGGGCCCGAUCCUCCUGAUCCGUCUCCACAAAGACCCCUAUUCCUUCUUCCCUGAGAGCAGCUGGUUCUGCAAUGCUGUCCAAGUCACCUCACCGGGAGGAGAGGUGUAUCACUUCCCCUGUUAUUCGUGGAUCGAAGGCUAUUGCACUGUGUCUUUCCGGGAAGGAGCAGCCAAAACCGCUUCGGAUGAUACUCACUAUCUGCAGCGGAGACACCGCCGUGAAGAGCUGGUGCAAAGGCAUAGCAAAUAUGGGUGGAAGGAAUACCUCCCAGGAAUUCCAUGGUGCGCUGAUAUAGACACAGUCAACUCCAUGGAGUACAACAUCCAGUAUUCGUUCCCCAAAUCCACAGCCUUUUUUGGGCGUGGGACAGCUGCGCUUUUUGAGGCCAAAUUGAAAGGCUUCCUGGACAAACCUUACUCCUGGGGAAAACUUGAGGACAUCCGCAAGGUCUUCUGGUUCUAUCACAGCCCCAUCUCAGAGUAUGUGUUUGAGCACUGGAGAGAUGACGAAUUCUUUGGCUACCAGUUUCUUAACGGAAUCAACCCAAUUAUGAUCCAGAAAUGCACCAAGAUCCCAGAAAACUUCCCUGUCACCGAAGACAUGGUGGCUGGGCCUUUGGGAGAGGACACCACCCUCCAAGAGGAGCUCAAGAAAGGGACCAUUUUCCUAGUAGAUUACAAGAUCCUGGAAGAUAUUCCCAACAACAUGGUGAAUGGGAAAGAGCAAUAUAUCGCUGCCCCUCUGUGUUUGCUCUACCAGAAACCCACCGGAGAAGUCAUCCCUCUUGCUAUCCAGCUCAGCCAGCAACCGGGCCCCCAAAGCCCCAUUUUCCUUCCCACUGAUGAAGAAUGGAUCUGGACCUUAGCCAAGACGUGGGUGCGAAACUCCGAGUUCCACACCCACGAAGUGAUCGCCCACCUCCUCCGUGGCCACCUGAUGGCUGAAGUCUUCUCCAUCUCCACCCUGAGGCAGCUGCCAAUGUGCCAUCCAUUGUACAAGCUUCUGAUUCCUCACCUCCGUUAUUCCAUCCAUAUCAAUGUAUUGGCGAGGACUUUCCUCAUCUGCCAGGGAGGGACCUUCGAUAAGGCCAUAGCAACUGGGCGGAAAGGAUUAGCUGUGCUCCUCAAAAAGGCCCUGGAAACCCUGACCUACACCCAGCUUUGCCUUCCCGAUGACAUCGAGGCUCGAGGAGUCGGCUCUCUUCUCAAUUACCUCUACAGGGAUGAUGGGAUGAAAAUCUGGGAUGCCAUUGAGAGCUUUGUCUCUGGCAUUGUUGAACUCUAUUACCAAAACAAUUUAGCGGUCCAGAGGGAUUAUGAGUUGCAGGCGUGGAUUUGUGAUAUUUUCACAAAGGGCUUCUUGGCCAGACGGUCAUCAGGUAUCCCAUCCUCUAUCCGUUCUGUCCAAGAACUUAUCAAGUUCCUGACCAUGGUGAUCUUCACCUGCUCAGCUUAUCAUGCUGCGGUAAACAGUGGCCAGUUUGAACUGGGGGCCUUCAUGCCCAACCUGCCUUCGUCCAUGAGGAAACCCCCGCCCCAAGUGAAAGCCCCUGUGACUUUGGAGGAGUUCCUAGACACUAUCCCCGAGAUGAACACCACCAGCCAGGUCCUCUCCGUCCUCUGGGUCCUGAGGAAUGAGGAGCUUGACAUGAAACCACUUGGAGAAUACGACGAGGAGCACUUUGUGGAAGAGGAGCCAAAGCAGCUCAUCACGGCUUUUCAACAGCGUCUGGCCCACAUUUCUGAGGGAAUUAGGAAGAGGAACGAGUCGCUAAAAUUGCCUUACACCUACCUCUAUCCACCCACCAUAGAGAAUAGCACCACCAUAUAGGAACCCUGGUUUGAGAGGGCUGCAUAUGUUUCUGGUCCACAGUGUUCAUUCUCCAUGCCUCUCUGUCUUGUGUUUUCCUUUCAGGGAUGGAGACAUUUUAAUAGCUGGCAUGGAUGAGAAAUUCCAUUUAGUCUUUUCAGAUAAGGGCUACUGUACAUAUAUACUUGUGCAUUGCUUGGAAAAGUAUUAUAAGUCAAACUCACAUGUAAGUUGAGAGCAAUUUGAUGGAUUUUAUGGCUAUGGAUAUUACCAUGGGAGUUUAUCACAUGGGAGGCUAAGUGUCCAAAUCCUGUGCAGAAACGGGAUUUAAA